GUCAUAUUAUUAAUAAGCUCUUUCCUCCUGGGGUUUAUUUGCAAGAGGACAACAUGUCUUUAACUGUGAUAUCUUCUGUUUAUGCAAUCUGCAGUGAUGCAGCCGGGGUUGCAGGAAACAUCUUUGCUUUUGUGCUCUUCUUGUCACCUAUAUCAACAUUUAGGAGAAUUAUCAGAAAUGGUUCAACAGAACAAUUCUCAGGGAUGCCAUAUAUAUAUGCUCUGCUGAACUGCUUGAUUUGUCUCUGGUAUGGUAUUCCCAUUGUUUCCCCAGGUAUCAUCCUGGUGGCAACUGUCAAUUCCAUUGGGGCAGUUUUCCAAAUGGUGUACAUCUCCAUCUUCAUCGCAUAUGCCGACAAGCCGAUGAAGUUAAAGAUGUUCGGGUUCCUGGUAUCGGUUUUUGCCGUGUUCGCUUCGGUCGUCUUCAUCAGCCUCAAGUUCUUUGGCUCCCCGGCACGGCAAUUGUUCGUCGGAUACUUGAGCGUCGCGUCCCUGAUCUCGAUGUUCGCCUCUCCUCUGCUCAUCAUUAACUUGGUGAUCAAGAUGAGAAGCGUCGAGUACAUGCCGUUCUCGCUCUCCUUGGCGACGUUCUUGAUGAGUCUAGCUUUCUUUCUAUAUGGAAUUCUCAAGCAGGACCCUCUCAUAUAUGUUCCUAAUGGAAUUGGAACAGUUCUGGGGAUUGUACAGUUGGCCUUGUAUGCUUAUUUCCAGAGAGCAUCCCAAGAGGAACUAAGGCAUCCUUUGAUUCAUCCUUGAUAUAAUGUUUGUUAUUGAUGCGCUAUAAUAUGCGACAUGAUCAAAAUUUAUUCUUUUUGAUUUUGACAAAAAAAUAUAAUCGUG